GGGAGACGUGGAGAGAGACGCAGCGGGACAGAGACAGAGACAGAGACGCGGAGCCGCACAGAGAAGGACAGAGUGUGGAGAGGCGACCAGAGAGAGACCAAGCCAGCCGGAGGAGACGAGGGACGGAGACCCUCAGUGCCCCAGCCCCAGCCUUCAUGCCCGCCUGGGCCUCGCCUGGCCAUCCUCCCAGCUCAGCCUCAGCCGGUGCUUCCCGCAGUGUGACCCGCAGGCCCCAGGCGACUCCUGCGGACCCAGGAGAGGAUGGCCCAGGUGCUGCACGCCCCGGCUCCGUUCCCAGGGACCCCCGGCCCCACCUCGCCACCCCCCUUUCCGGCCAAGGAGCCUGACCCCCCGUACUCCGUGGAGACACCCUACGGCUACCGCCUGGACCUGGACUUCCUCAAAUACGUGGAUGACAUCGAGAAGGGCCACACACUGCGGCGGGUGGCCAUGCAGCGCCGUCCCCGCCUGGGCUCGCUGCCCCGCGGCCCGGGCUCCUGGUGGACGUCCACAGAGUCGCUGUGCUCCAACGCGAGCGGGGACAGCCGCCACUCUGCAUACUCCUACUGUGGCCGGGGCUUCUAUCCGCAGUACGGCACCCUGGAGACGCGCAGCGCCAGCGGCUUCAACCCUCGUGUGGAGCGGACGCUGCUGGACGCCCGGCGCCGCCUGGAGGACCAGGCGGCUGCGCCCUCGGGCCUGGGCUCCCUGACCCCCAGCGCCGCGGGCUCCACCAGCUCCUUGGUGGGCGUGGGGCUGCCACCCCCGGUGACGCCACGCGGCUCAGGACUGUCCACACCGGUGCCUCCCAGCGCCGGGCACCUGGCGCACGUGCGGGAGCAGAUGGCAGGCGCCCUGCGGAAGCUGCGGCAGCUGGAGGAGCAGGUGAAGCUGAUCCCCGUGCUCCAGGUGAAGCUGUCGGUGCUCCAGGAGGAGAAGAGGCAGCUCGCCGUGCAGCUCAAGAGCCAGAAGUUCCUGGGCCACCCCACUGGCGCCCGGGCCCGCGGCGAGCUCUGCCUUGACCUCCCCGAACCCGCAGAAGACCCCGCAGCACUCGACACCCGCAGCGUGGGCACCUGGGUUCGAGAACGGGACCUGGGCUUGCCUGAUGGGGAGGCAGCCCUGGCCGCCAAGGUCGCUGUGCUGGAGACUCAGCUCAAGAAAGCGCUGCAGGACCUGCAGGUGGCCCAGGCCCGGCAGGCCGAGCCCCAGCCCCAGGCCUGGCCACCACCGGACACCCCGGUCCGUGUGGACACCGUCCGAGUGGUGGAGGGGCCGCGGGAGGUGGAGGUGGCGGCCAGCACCACCACCGGGGCGCCCGCCCAGCGAGCGCAGAGCCUGGAGCCCUAUGGGGCAGGCCUGCGGGCCCUGGUGACACCUGGGGACCCCGAGAGCCCCGCAGUGUUCUGCAGCCACGAGGUGGUGGAGACCAUGUGCCCGGUGCCUGCUGCGCCCACCGGCAAUGUCCACGUCGUGAAGAAAAUCAGCAUCACGGAGCGGAGCUGCGAGGCUGCCCCUGGCCCGACACGGGCACCGGCAGAGUCAUCCUCCUCCUCCUCCUCGUCCCUGCCAGCGUCUGCACCCGAGAAUGCAGGCCGGGUGGCCACUGCUGACCCAGAUGACAGAGAGCCCCCCGGGGAGGUGGCUCCGAUGUCCCAGGAGGCCGGGGGAGCAGGCGGGCCCCAGGCUGGAGUGCGCUCCAUCAUGAAGAGGAGGCAGGAAGCCGCAGAGCCGUCAGUCCACAGGGGGAACCUGCAGUUUGUGGGGGUCAACGGCGGGUACGAGUCGUCCUCUGAAGGCUCCAGCACAGCUGAGAACUUCUCAGACAACGACAGCACGGAGAACGAGGCCCCCGAGCCGGAAGAGAGGGCUCCGAGCCCAGCCGCAGCCCCGCAGCGCAGACCCUCAGGGACAGCGGCAUCAGUGACGCGGCCCGGCCAGCCAGGGUGCCCGCUGUCUGGGGAGGCCCAGCGUGUGGCCACGGCCGAGGGGGCAGCGGGCACCAACUCGGAGGAUGAGAUCCGGAUGGAGCUGAGCCCCGACCUCAUCUCUGCCUGCCUGGCGUUGGAGAAAUACCUGGGCAACGCCAACGCGCUCACCGAGCGGGAGCUGAAAGUGGCCCACACCACGGUGCUGCAGGAGUGGCUGCGUCUGGCCUGCCGCAGCGACGCCCACCCCGAGCUCGUACGGCGCCACCUGGUCACCUUCCGGGCCAUGUCGGGGCGGCUGCUGGACUACGUGGUCAACAUCGCGGACGGCAACGGCAACACCGCCCUGCACUACUCGGUGUCCCACGCCAAUUUCCCCGUGGUGCGGCAGCUGCUGGACAGCGGCGUCUGCCAGGUGGACAGGCAGAACCGCGCCGGCUACAGCCCGCUCAUGCUCACGGCCCUGGCCACCCUCAAGACCCAGGACGACAUCGAGACCGUCACUCAGCUCUUCCGGCUCGGAGACGUCAACGCCAGAGCCAGCCAGGCUGGGCAGACUGCCCUGAUGCUGGCUGUCAGCCACGGCCGGGUGGACGUGGUCAAAGCACUGCUGGCCUGUGAGGCGGAUGUCAACGUCCAGGACGAUGACGGCUCCACAGCCCUCAUGUGCGCCUGCGAGCACGGCCACAAGGACAUCGCGGGGCUGUUGCUGGCAGUGCCCAGCUGUGACAUCUCUCUUGCUGACCGCGACGGGAGCACCGCGCUCAUGGUGGCGCUGGACGCCGGGCAGAGUGAGGUCGCGUCCAUGCUGUAUUCGCGCAUGAACAUCCAGUGCUCGUUCGCCCCGAUGUCAGAUGAGAGUCCUGUGUCGUCCUCCGCUGAAGAGUAACCCGGAGCCGGCAGGGUCCCCAGGGCCGCGGCCGGAGCGCAGCGUCCUGGUCCUGGUCCUGGUCCUCUCCCAGCCCCUCUGCUGCUCCGCAAGCCCUGACGUCAUCUCUGCUUCCCCGGGGAGCUCGAUGCUGGGGUGUCUUUUCCCAGGACCCCGGCUCCUGGCCGCGGCUCCCAGACCAAGCUGAGUUCCUGCCUGCAGCGCCGGUGACUCCGGUGACGCGGGCGGGAAGGAUCGGGCGGCAGCCGUGGGCAGGAGCGCAGGAGGCCACGUCUGGCUCCCGCCGCAGGGUGUGAUCUGCUUUGCGUCCGCGUGAGUCGCAUCUCCAGUGCCCGGUACAUGAUAGUGUUUUCUUCACUCCCCACACACCCCACACAGCUUCCUGGGGACCGACGUCUCUCUGUGGUCCUUUUACAAAACACUGUGACGUCCGUCACCCAGGGCAGAAACCUCCAUCCUUCCUCUGGUUUUGGUUUUGUCUUUUUGGUUUUAUUUGGGUUUUUUGUUUGUUUGGUCUUUCUGAGACAGGGUCUCGCUAUGCAGUUCAGGCUGGCUUUGGGCUCACUUUGUAGCCCAGGCUGGUCUUGAAUUUGCAGCAAUCCUCCUGCCUCAGCCUCCCGAGUGCUGGGAUUAUAGGAGUGCGUCACCACACCCGGAUUGGUUUUGGUUUUUUGAGCCACGGUCUCACGGUGCAGUUCAGGCUGGCCUGAAUUUUCUGAGUAGCCCAGGCUGACCCCGAACUUUCAGAGAUCCUCCUGCCUCAGCCUCCCGUGUGCUGGGAUGACAGGUGUGCCCCACCACGCCCAGCCGUCUUGUGUCUUCUGUCACCAUGACCGCCAGCAUCAAAUUCUGCAAGCUGGGGCAGGCGGUGGGGGCUCCGGGUCCUGCCACCAAUAUCUCAGUAGCUCUGGGACUUGGAUGUCACCAAUUCACAAGGAGAAAUGACUCAGAAAUCCGUCUUCUCUCCUCAGAGGUCCUGGCAAAUGUUGAUUUCCUAGAAAAUCCUUCCAUCCCAGAGACCAGAGAAAAGCAUCCAGUUCUCAGAGUGGCUGCAGCCUCCAGGCUCGGGAACCCCAGUCACCCCAGUCACCCCAGUCACAGGGCUGUCUGUCCUCCUAGGCUCCAGAAUCUCUCGCCUCGGAGGAAUAAAAUAAACCGGGCUCUGUGCGCCCUGGCAGGGCACCGGGCGAGCCCAUGUGCGGACAAUUAAAAGCUGGCAGCCAGGGGCUCCCGGCCCAGACUUAAAGACACAGGGCUUUUGCGGAAACCAAACCGGGGCCAGCUGGGUUUUUUCUUUCUCUGUUUCUGGCUGUCUCUUUCUGUCUUUGUCUGUCUGUCUGUCUCCUUUUCUUUCUCUUUCUUUCUUCCUGUUGGAGAUGGGCUUGCCAGAGAGACACACACCAUAUUCUUCUCGGCUGUGUUUUUGUCUCCAAAUCUUGACACGGUUUGCUUUCCUGUUCCUGUUCAUAGUAAGGAAGCAAAAAAGCAGAGUGUUCCCAGCCUCCUGCUGUGCCUCGUGAUAGGGGAGAAGUUUCCUUCCAAGCUUGUCCUGCCCGUGUCACACUCCUAGCUGGUCCUGCCGGACUGUGAAGGCAACCUUGGCAAAACAGUUAUACCCGGGGGUCACAGCCCAGUGAAUAAAGCAGAGCCCGGGCUUGUGUCCUGCUAGUCUGCCUGGCUGGAUGUAGUCUGCCUUUUUCUUUAAUUCUGUCUUUCAACUCAAGGAAACCCUCCUGCACCAGCCUCCUAAGUACUACAAUUACAACUUUUUUCUAAUUAAAGGAAUAUACCAAAGAGAAAAAGACUUGGAGGCCUAAGAGAACAAUCAGGAUGGAUGGAUAGAAUGUGUGUGUGUGUGUGUGCCCAAGAAUUAGGAAACAGUUCCCAAGAGGCCGAGGCAGGAGGAUCUCCAGGGGUCUGAAGCCAUCUGGGCUAUAGAGUAUGUCCCUGUCUCAGAAAACAAACCCAGCUGGGCAUCGCUGCUGGUAUGUGAUGGGAGAGUGCAACUUAGAAAAGUGGUACAAGAGCUACGUUCUUUCAGGUCUAACCCUGAAGCCAGCAAGAGCAUUGAGUUUAAGCUCCUGGAAGCAGCUCUAGCUCAGGAGUCCGUGCCCCCUGUCUGCCAUUCCUGCUCUCUCCACAUCUACAGAGACCCACAGGGGCCAAACUUCUGUGCCCUCUGCUCUCCACACCUACGGGGACCCACAGGAGCCAAAGUUCUGUGCCCUCUGCUCUCUCCACACCUACGGGGACCCACAGGGGCCAAACUUCCGUGCCCUCGCUCCCCUCCCCACACCCACAAGCUUCCAUGGCACCUUACAACCACGGUACAUCCGUAGACAGUAUUACACAUACACUAAGUAUUCUCUUUUUGUAAUCUCUUCUAGAAGUAAAAGAAGUUAAUAAAGCCGCAGAUAAUGCCGGCG